AGUCAACACCUCACCCAGCUCUUUAAUCAACCAGUUUUCUCUGGUUCUCCAAACAUUCGUUAAUGGGGGAAACACUGGAAAGCCAAAGAUCAAAAUUUCACCGAAAAGAGAAAAACUUCCGUACAAUUCCUUCUUCUGCUUCUUCCCAGCUCUUAAUCAAUGGCGUCGCCGUCAAUUGAACCGCCACCGCCGCCAUGGAUCUACCAGGUCUUCCUCAGCUUCCGAGGCGGAGACACACGCAACAACUUCGUCGACCAUCUCUACAAGGAGCUGACGAUCAAGGGAGUCUACGCCUUCCGCGACGAUUCCAAGCUGGAGCGAGGGAGCUCGAUAGCUCCGGCGCUGUUCCAGGCGAUCGAGGACUCGAGAGCGGCCAUCGUCGUUCUGUCGCCGAACUACGCUUCUUCCGAUUGGUGCUUGGACGAGCUGGUGAAGAUCUUGGAGUGUAGAGAGAGUUUGGGGAGGAUGGUUGUGCCGGUUUUCCACAACGUCGACCCUUCCGAUGUGGAGAAGCUGAGCGGGAGCUUCGGAUUGGGGUUUUCGGAGCUCCGGGAGAGAUUGUUGAAAGAGGAGAUGGGGAUGGAGAUGGAGACGGAGACGGAGACGGAGGUGGAGAAGAAGGUGAAGAGAUGGAAGGAAGCUUUAUCAGAAGUUGCUACCAUUUCCGGGUGGGAUUCUCGCUACAGGGAAGAGGCUGCUUUCAUUGAGCAGAUUGUGAGAGACAUAUCAGACAAAGUAAUGUGUGCGCCAUCAAGUGAUGCUGGCGAGUUGGUUGGGAUGGGUUCACGCCUAGAAGAAAUCGACGAGCUCCUGCAGCUCGACACGAACAUCGUUCGUAUGGUAGGGAUCUGGGGGUUGAGUGGCAUUGGUAAGACAACUGCAGCCAGGGUUAUGUUUGAUAGGCAUUCAAGGCAGUUUGAAGCAAGCUGUUUUCUAACAAAUGUUGCAGACAAGUUUAGAUUACAUGGUGAAUCCGCUUUACAGCAUGAACUUCUUUCCAAAACCUUGUUGGAAAGGGAUCUAAGAACUUGGCCUUUAGGGAAAGGUUGCAACUUGAUCAAGGAAAGGCUGUCUCAACGAAAAGUUCUCCUUGUGUUUGAUGAUGUUGAUGACUUGCAGCAGGUGGAACUAUUAGCCAAUAAGCUGAACUGGUUUGGUCCCGGAAGUAGGAUCAUUGUGAUUUCUCAAGAUAAACAGUUGCUUGAGGCACACGGUGUUAAUGUUAUCUACGAGGCCAAGUGUUUGGAAGAUGAUGAAGCAUUGCAGCUAUUCAGUCAUUACGCAUUCCAUCAGAACCAGCCAAAGAAGGAUUACUGGGAGUUGUCUCAUGGCUUUGUAUACUAUGCCAGUGGUCUUCCUUUGGCUUUAAAGGUUCUGGGCUCUUUUCUUUACAACAAAAGCACAUGCCAGUGGCAGAAUGAGUUGAAUAAAUUGGAGAAAUUUCCCAACCGAAAGAUUCAAGAUGUGCUGAAGAUGAGUUAUGAUGGGCUGGAGGAGUUGGAUAAGAAGGUGUUUCUUGAUCUUGCUUGCUUCUUCAACGGAGAGAAUGUGGACGAAGUAAGGGAUAUUUUGGAUGCUUGUGGAUUCUUCCCAGAGAGAGCGUUUGGAGUACUGAUUGAUAAUGCUAUAGUGACUAUCUCUAACGGCAAGCUGUACAUGCACGGGUUGCUACAACAACUAGGUCGUGAGAUUGUUCGCGAGGAAGCGGAGGAGAAUGGGAAACGCAGCAGGUUGUGGAAACCAGAUGAUGUCUAUUAUGUGUUGGCAAAAGGCACUGGUACUAAGAGAGUUGAAGGAUUGUUUCUUGACAUGGCUAAAUCAAGAGAGAUGUGCUUGAGUCCCAAGGCAUUCGAGAAGAUGUUCAAGCUUAGAUUGCUCAAGCUGCAUAACCUCGAACCUUCUCAAGGCAGAUACAAAGUUCAACUUCUGGAUGAAUGCGUGCAGAGUCUUUCUGAUGAGCUGAGGUAUUUGCGGUGGGAUGGUUUCCCUUCAAAAUCACUGCCAUCACACUUUUGUCCAGAAAACCUUGUGGAGCUUAAUCUGCCUUUCAGCAAUAUUGAGCAGCUAUGGCCAGGAAAACAGCAACUUGGUUACUUAAAACUGAUCAACCUCAGCCACUCAAACUUGACUAAAAUCCCUGACUUGUCAGCAGCUCAGAAACUUGAGAUUUUAAAUCUCCAAGACUGUACAAGUUUGGUUGAACUCUCUUCCAUCCAAUUCUUGACCAAACUCAAGAGCCUAAAUCUGAAGGGAUGCAAAAGUCUAGGCACUGUUCCAAAUGUGGUCGGGUUAAAGUUACUUGAAACCUUAGAUCUCUCUGACUGUUCCCAACUUGGCACUCUUCCUGAGCUUCCAAGGAACUUGAAGUAUUUGUAUGUUGGUGGCACUGCAAUAGAAGAACUUCCUUCUUCGCUGGGGGGCCUUGCUUUUCUGGUCAUCCUGGAUGUAAAGAACUGUACAAGGCUUCAGCAGAUUCCUAUCAGUUCUAAACUGAACUCUCUUGAAAGCCUUGACAUAUCUGGUUGCCCACAUCUCUUGAAGCGUUUGAGUGGGAAUGGAAACGGUGAAUUACCUGAAUCAGUUGGAUGUUGCUCAAGUUGCAUGAGCCACAUGGACAUUGACACUGAGAACACAACAUGUUUCCAAGGUACUAGUGGUAAAAGGGACCGUUCUUCACCGCCAACUUGUGCUCAUAUUACCAAAAAGAUGGAAGAAAACGAAGAAGUAACUUUUCCGGCACAAGUAGCACCACAGAGAAAGCUUUUCAAACUGAUCAAGGAAGCUAAGACAAAUUCGACUUGCAAUGGAGGAGUGCCUCAAAUGAGUGAAAGAAGAACAAGCACUGCAAGUGAUCGCCUCAAAGCUUAUGCUAGAAAUGGGUUUGAAAAGUACUUUGCCAAUGCACAGCUACUUCCAAAGCUCACUGAGGCAGAAUUGGUCAAGAAGCUAGAUGAGAUCCAAACCUCCAUCAAAUUGCCAUUGGAACAUGAACAACCAAAUGGAUUCCGACACAUUGAAUACGAAACAGAUGUUCUGUUCCAUAUCAGUGACACAGUUCGAACUGCCAUCCCCUAUGGGGAACCAGAGCUUUUCCAGGUCUCAGUUACACCAGCAUCGAUUUCAACCAACGGUACAAUAGCCUCAAAGUUGCAGAUUUCAUUCUCUUCAAAGACCUCUAAAGCAAGCUGCAUGAAAGGAUCAGCUAUUUCCUCCCAGUCUUUCUCCAGCCUGCAGGUCUCAUCGAGAAACUUGCUGCAGAAGUUAUCAACCAGGGGCUGCGGUGACCAGACAGAAAAGUCUGCAUACCCAAAACUGAAUGGCAAAAUCAUUCAAGGUUCCAAACUAGACAGCAACGGUCUGAACAACAUCCACCACUAUCGGCAAAUCUUGGCCGAAUAUAUGACCAUGUCAGUCGAAGCAAUCCACCAGGCCAACGCCUUCGACACCAUCGAGCGCACCACAUACGCAUUGAUCCAGCACAGCACCGAUGAACCAGCCGAGAAAACCGAGCUUGAAAACUUACUCACCAUCCUAGCCAAGUUCAAGACCACCAUCCCGGGCACAAUGAUCACCAUGAAGAUGGCACAUGCCAAGCGAACCAGCCACCCUAUAAAGACCACGAUGGUGGACGCGAGGCUUGUCCUUGGGCAGGAGAAGCUCAGCUGGCUUGAGUCAAGGUCGAGGGUCGUCACCGAGGAAGAGGAGAGGAUUGAUGCUGAUAUCCGGCGGCUGAUGGCUAGGAAGAAGAAGCUGGCUGAAAGGAAGGGGAGGAUUGCAGUGCAGUUGGAGAGGACUGCUGAGAAGGUGAUGAAGGAUUUGGGGAAGGUGGAGAGGUUGGAAGAGGAGAUUAAGGAAGCCGAUGAGAAGUGGGUUGAAGGGAAAGAGAGUUUGGAUGCGGCUAAUGCUAGUUGGAGAGCCAUGAGGGAAAGGUUGAAGCUUUGAGAAGGGAACCAAAACCGGAGAAGAUCUAUGCUUUUGCCUUGUUGUGCAGGAUAUGAAAAUAUGUAUACCUUAGAUGAUCAUAAUGUAGGUUUUGUUUGUUGUAGCGUUGAAAGGGAACUAAAAAUAAUCAAUAUACUGAAAAAUCUAUGUAUGUUUUGGCUUGUUGAACAGGUUUGAUGAUGAUGAUAAUGUACGAUUCUUGUGUUCUCAUAUUUUGAGCAACUUCACAUUACGACUUUAUUUAUUG